AUGAAAAUUUCAAAUUUGAUUUUCGGAUCUGUUGUGCUUGCGGACGACUCUAUUGCUGGUAUACCUGCCAUUGAUAGAGGAGUGAGACCGGACAUGGCUGGAAUCAAUGGUGUCAAAUGUCCUAAAGGAGGAAGGCCAGCGAUGGGUGGAAUGUGUAUUCCUGACGAUACAGUCGAAACUCCCCUAGUGACUGAAAAUAUCGAUAUUGACGGAAUCGGCAAGCUUGAUCCUACUGAAGAUCCUCUUAAUGGGCAGGGAAACAUGUUUGGACCACAAAAUGCGUUCCCAGGACUUCAAGAAUCAUCAACUGAUUCAAUGACAACAACAUCAAGACCCAAACCACCACCACCAUCGACAAUGCCACCGGCAAUAAAUACAACCGAAAAGAAGACAGCAAAACCUGCUGAUCCAGUUGUUCCGAUGGACGAUCGUAACGCAGUCAACACUGAUGAGCCAUCUAAUGAUGGAGUCAACUCACUCCCAGAUAAACCAGCCGCAGAAGCAUCUGAAUCGACCGAAGAAGAUCCAUCCUGGUGGAUUUGGCCCCUAACUUGUGUUGGAAUCGGCACUGUUCUAUUGGGAGUGUCGAUCUACGCAUGCCAAAAGAAUGCUUCUCCCCCUGCACCAACUCAAUACCUUCCAGGCCAAAUCAUCGGUCAAGAAUCAACGGUGACAAAAGAUCCUCCAGCGCAGAAUAGCUUUCCCAACGGAACUUCUUCAGUGACAAUAACUGAACAACAACAAACCACGCAACAACUCUCCAUAAGUUAUGGACCAUAA